GUCCCUGCCCGUCCCAGCACCGCCCCCGCGGAGCAGCGCGGCCGAGAGUCGCGGAGCGCGGAGCCCCGAGAGUCGCGGAGAUGCUGAGCUCUCCCUGGGCGCGCUUCUAUUCCAACAGCUGCUGCCUCUGCUGCCAUGUCCGCACCGGCACCAUCAUCCUCGGCGUCUGGUACCUGAUCAUCAACUCGGUGGUACUGCUGAUUCUGCUGAGUGCCCUGACCGACCCUGACCAAUACCACCUUACCAGCGCCGAAUUAGGGGGUGAAUUUGAAUUUAUGGAUGAUGCCAGUAAGUACGGACUGUCAGAACACGAACACUCAUUGCUCCAGGAUUUAGAUAUGUGCAUUGCCACAGCGAUUUCUCUACUUAUGAUUCUGAUUUGUGCAAUGGCUACGUAUGGCGCGUAUAAGCAACAUGCGGCUUGGAUCAUCCCUUUCUUCUGUUACCAGAUCUUUGACUUUGCUCUCAACACAUUGGUUGCCAUCAGUGUACUUGUCUACCCCAGCACAAUUCAGGACUACCUUCACCAGCUGCCCAGCAACUUUCCUUACAAGGAAGAGAUCAUGUCUGUGAACCCUACAUGUCUGGUUGUGAUUAUACUCCUUUUCAUAAGCAUCAUUUUAGCUUUUAAGGGUUACUUGAUAAGCUGUGUGUGGAACUGUUAUCGAUACAUUAAUGGCAGAAACAACUCAGAAGUGUUGGUUUACAUUACCACCAACGACACUGCGGUGCUGUUGCCACCAUACGAUGACCCUGCAAAUGGAGCUGCUAAAGAUCCACCACCACCUUAUGUGUCAGCAUAAGUGAGAGGGAGCUGUAUACCUAGGGAGGAUAGCUUUACUUUUCAGAUACUGGAGCAAUAGUUUGAUAAUUUCACUUCAUCUAUGGGAUGUACAUUGCUGUUCUGCUGACAUAUUGAAACCUGAAUUGUAUGAUCAAAAUUCUGUAGAUAGUUUUAAUAACUUGCUGCAACUACAGUUAUGUGCUGAACUAGUUUCAGAGCAAUUCUGGGUAGCGAUAAGGUUACAGUAGUCACUGAAUAGCUUUGACCACCAUGUCUGACAUGCAGUCAUAGGAAAUGCAGGACUUUGCAUUAUCAAGCAGGUCAAACAGGUUCAGAGAGUAAUUUCCUUCUUCUUUUUUUCCCCUUAAUUUAUAAAAAUUCCAAAGCAUCACACCUUUUUUUCUCAGAUGCCCAAUUUGACCUUCAGAAGACCUUCAGUGGUCCAGCAGGACUCACCUUGUUCCAGCCUGCAACCAUUCUGACAUUCAGAACAAAAGUUCUUAGCAACUAGUGAUUUUCCUGCCUAUACUGUGUUUUCCUCUCUAGAAACUCAAAUUAGUAUUUUGAGGUCACAAGAUCCCUGUUUUGAAAGCCCCAUGGUUAUGUGACAAAGCUGCAUCUUUCACUCUUGAUAUGCAAAUGUUUUCCCAUUGGAAUGUGCCUGUAAAUAUUGCAGUGUUCUGUUGAGCGUGAAGUAAAUUAUGCAGAAUCUAAGAUAUAUGCUCCCAACCGAUGGGAAACUUAUGCAUGUAACAUGAGCAUUAGCAGAUAUUUUUAGCAUAUUUAGUGUAUUUCUUAUGUAUACCAACAUGAGGAUUUUAGAUUCCUUUUAUAACUGAACUGGUUAUGCUGAGAAUCCUUCUCAUGGGACUCAUCCAUCCAUGAAUGCUUGUGUGAGGUAUUUUUUUUGUUCCCCAGAAAAGUGCCUCCUGCACAUAUAACCUUUUUUAUUGAUGAUGAAGGUUCUACUUCUAAUUGAAAAAGGGCAAGGAAAUACAAUGUGUGUCUCUACCUCUCACCACUCCUCCCUGAGGUGCCUCCUCUCCUUCUACGGUGAUCAAACAGGCUGAUGCCGCUGUGCACAGGGAAAGGGCAGUGCAGAGGUGGACCACAGUUUGGAGGGGCACCAGAAGGACCCAAGGUGCCAUCUCCCUGCGACUGGGCUGGCAUGGGAGCCCAUGCUCUUUCCAAGGAGAACACCCAUUCUCACCCUCAGUGUAUUGACUCCAUUCUGAAGCCCAAAGGGGAGUGGAGAUUUUCCUGCCUUUUUCUGGAAAAGAGCUUUCCAGGGGAACACAGGACCAACAGUUUCUCUUUACAGAGGUUCUCACUGUGACCUGUCCUUGCAUAGGCCAUGGAAGGAAGAAUCAGACUCUUCUACUGCACCCCUGGGAAAAAUGCAGGUUCCAGUCUGCCUUUUGGCAUUUUACAUUGUGGUUCCUUCACUCUGGGAUCAAAAUAAACAGUGAUUUUGACCAAACACAUCCUGAAGUCCAUCAGCUGAUCUCUGUCACAGCCCCAUUGCUUCCACCAGAAAAAACUUCAUUUAUAAUUAUCUCACUUCAGUUUGCUUUUGGAAUUUCUCUGAAUCUGAGGGUUGGGCUUCUGAGCUUCAUUUUCUUUCAUUCCUGACAGAUAUGUGAAGGAUUUUAAAAGCCAUCUGUUUGAGAAAAGCUGGUUGUAAAUACAUCACAUCUGUGUAUACAAACUUCUCUACAAUAAAGGGGCGUUUCCUCAA